AAAUUAACACACCCUCUACCCACACUGGUAAUCCUUUCAUAUAUAGAACGUUAACCCUUCAAGGAGAGAGAGAGAGAGAGAGAGAGAGAGAGAGCUCCCAAGCAAAGACAGGGAACACCAAGGGAAAAACACUGAUUAUUUGACCAUGGCAGAAGAGUUUCAUGCCGGGAUUUGUGGAGGGACAUGGUGGAAUUCGUCGAAAAGCAUGUUUAGCGGGUGUUCUUCGCCGUGUUCUGCGGGGAUUGCUGACAUGGGAAGCUUCGGAUCAUGGGGUGCUGACAUGGUGGACAUCAAGGCUGCAAGGUCUUGUGAUCAGGAGUCUAACAACUCGGUUUCUGAUAGCUCCAUAGUUUUCCAGGGUGCUCAUCAGAAGCCUCAGCAGGCUGAUUCGGAUAGUGGUGGCAGCAGUAUUUUGAUUGAUUCUACUUUACAAAUGAUGGGUUUUGGCCUUUCUUCAUCGACAACAUCGGAUUGGAACCAAUCUUUGCUUCGGAGUAAUGGGAGAACAGAGAGUUAUAAUUCAAUCCUUCAAGAAGAUAUUAAUUCAAGGUUGAGUUGUCGGCAAGAGACAGGCAUGGAUUCUUCUCAAAUCCAAAAGGAUUGGAGUCCGAAGACCUAUGCAAGCCCCGGGGAAGAUUCUUCCAUUACUACCUUCAAGCCAAUCAAUCAAGAUUUUUCUGUAACCAAGUCCGGUGACAGUACACCAGCAUGCCAGGGAUUAUCAGCUGGGUUUCCAAUGGGUUCAGCAUCGUACGGGUACCCAUCAACAGUACUGUUACAAAGUUUGUUCGAACCUGAUCCUCAACCUCAACAAUCACUUCUCAACAACCGGUCAAUCAACUAUAUGUCUGCCCCAGCCACUUACGGGGCAAACGCCAAUGAAUUAUCAUCACCUCCAUGGCCAAAACUAGCUCCUUGCUUGAGGCCAUCAUUGCCAAAGCAGCAGCAGCCCAGUAGCUUGCACUUCUCCAACAACACACCCUUCUGGAACGCCUCUUCCACUGGCCUGAGCGACGUUAAAGCCAGCUUUUUACCCUCACCGCAAUCACAAUUCCUUGCACAAACAUUUGACGAGAAACCUAAUUGCCCCAGCCUGACGAUAAAGACGAACACUGAAGAAGUUCGAGACUCGAUGAAGAAAGGAAGUAGUGAACCUCCAUUUAAGAGGCCAAGAAUUGAAACGCCAUCGCCAUUACCAACUUUCAAGGUUCGGAAAGAGAAGCUAGGGGACCGAAUCACUGCGCUCCAGCAAUUGGUUUCACCUUUCGGAAAGACUGAUACUGCUUCAGUUCUCCAUGAAGCCAUCGAAUACAUCAAGUUCCUCCAUGACCAAGUAAAUGUUUUAAGUACACCAUAUAUGAAGCAGGCAGCAGCAGCUUCCAUACAACAACAACAGAGUCCUGAUAAGUUGAAAGAGCCAGAAGGGCCAAAGCAAGAUCUAAGAAGCCGGGGGCUGUGUCUGGUGCCAAUCUCCAGCACAUUCCCAGUUGCUAACGAGACCACAGCUGACUUCUGGACGCCGACGUUUGGUGGAACUUUCAGGUAGAGAAGACAACUAAAUAAAAGAAGCUAAAGGAGUUGUGUACAACUGUUAGCUAGUAGAUUAUAUAUGAUUAAUUAUCAGCUCCCCUGCCAUAACUUCAAUUUUUAGAACAAAAAGAAAAAGUGGAGGAAACUUAGAAGGCUACAAUUGCUUUGCUGUACCCGUCUUGAGAAAAAGCUAAAGAAAACAAAGAAAAAGGAAGUGAGGCUCCAAAGAUGGACAGAGACGACAAUGUGCUGGACUGCUGGCCCAGCUACAAGCAGAAUGAUGUAUAGCUAGCAAAUGAUUAGGAACCCAACCCUUUAAAAAGAACCAAAAACAAAAGGAUAAGCAUAGGUUUUUUCUUCUUCUUUUUUCAAUAAACUAAGUACUAUUAACUACAUUUGGAGGUGAUUAUCAACAGGAACAAGUGCUAAAUUCAGCGAAAAUCGACAUGAAUUAACUCAUACUACUUAGAUUA